CUGUGGGCCUCCGGCAAGCGCUGUCCUCUCGGGUAGCCCCGCCCCCAAGUGACGGCCGGACCGGGAAUUGGCGGCGGCGCUGCAGCCAUUUCCGGUUUCGGAGAGGUGGGUGCGGUGCGGAGCGAGAGUUGGUGCCGCCGCCGCCUCCAGAGCCUGCCCUGCUGCCGUGCUGCCUGGACGAUGCGGCCGGAGCCCGGAGGCUGCUGUUGCCGCCGCCCGGUGCGGGCGAACGGCUGCGUGAAGAACGGGGAGGUGCGAAACGGGUACGUGAGGAGCAGCGCCGCUGUCACUGCCGCCGCCGGCCAGAUCCAUCAUGUUACAGAAAAUGGAGGACUGUAUAAAAGACCAUUUAAUGAAGCCUUUGAGGAAACGCCCAUGCUGGUUGCAGUGCUCACAUAUGUGGGCUAUGGUGUGCUCACCCUCUUUGGAUAUCUUCGAGAUUUCCUUAGGCAUUGGCGGAUUGAAAAGUGCCACCAUGCAACGGAAAGAGAAGAACAAAAGGACUUUGUGUCAUUGUAUCAGGAUUUUGAAAACUUCUAUACCAGGAACCUCUACAUGAGGAUAAGAGACAACUGGAAUCGCCCUAUCUGUAGUGUGCCUGGAGCCAGGGUGGACAUCAUGGAGAGACAUUCUCAUGACUAUAACUGGUCAUUCAAGUACACAGGGAAUAUAAUUAAAGGUGUUAUAAACAUGGGUUCCUACAACUAUCUUGGAUUUGCGAGGAACACUGGAUCAUGUCAGGAAGCUGCUGCCAAAGUUCUAGAGGAAUAUGGAGUUGGAGUGUGCAGCACUCGUCAGGAGAUUGGAAACCUGGACAAGCAUGAAGAGCUAGAGAAACUUGUAGCCAGGUUCUUGGGAGUGGAAGCUGCUAUGGCCUAUGGCAUGGGAUUUGCAACAAAUUCAAUGAACAUUCCUGCUCUUGUUGGCAAAGGUUGCCUGAUUUUGAGUGAUGAACUGAACCAUGCAUCACUGGUUCUAGGAGCCAGACUGUCGGGAGCAACCAUUCGAAUCUUCAAACACAACAAUAUGCAAAGCCUAGAGAAGCUUUUGAAAGAUGCCAUUGUUUAUGGUCAGCCUCGGACAAGAAGGCCCUGGAAGAAAAUCCUAAUCCUUGUGGAAGGAAUAUAUAGCAUGGAGGGCUCUAUUGUUCGUCUUCCUGAAGUGAUUGCCCUCAAGAAGAAGUACAAGGCAUACUUGUAUCUGGAUGAGGCACACAGCAUCGGAGCCCUUGGCCCUUCAGGUCGAGGUGUGGUAGACUACUUUGGCCUGGAUCCUGAGGAUGUAGAUGUUAUGAUGGGAACCUUCACAAAGAGCUUUGGUGCUUCUGGAGGAUACAUUGGAGGCAAGAAGGAGCUGAUAGACUAUCUGCGCACACAUUCUCAUAGUGCUGUGUAUGCCACAUCCUUGUCACCACCUGUGGUGGAACAGAUCAUCACCUCCAUGAAGUGCAUCAUGGGGCAGGAUGGCACCAGCCUUGGCAAAGGGUGUAUACAGCAGCUAGCUGAGAACACCAGGUACUUCAGAAGACGCCUCAAGGAAAUGGGAUUCAUCAUUUAUGGAAAUGAAGAUUCUCCAGUGGUGCCUUUGAUGCUCUACAUGCCAGCCAAAAUUGGCGCCUUUGGUCGGGAGAUGCUGAAGCGGAACAUUGGUGUAGUUGUGGUGGGAUUUCCUGCUACCCCAAUCAUUGAGUCCAGAGCCAGGUUUUGCCUGUCAGCAGCUCAUACCAAAGAAAUACUUGACACGGCUUUGAAGGAGAUAGAUGAAGUUGGGGACCUGUUGCAGCUGAAGUAUUCCCGUCAUCGGUUGGUGCCUCUCUUGGACAGGCCCUUUGAUGAGACUACCUAUGAGGAGACAGAAGACUGAGCCUUUCUGGUGCUCCCUAGAUGGGGGACUCUCCCACCCAGGAUAGUGUGUGGCCUUUCUGAGCCAGUCCCAGGAACCACACUUCAGUGACCACCUCAUGUGAAAGACAUUUCUUCAGCUACUGAAGGUGGCCACCUCCACUCCAAAUGGCAUUUUGUAAAUAGUAAAACACAACAAAACUGCUUCACAUUUUUCGUUUGCUGUCUCACCUUUUAAAGUGAUUACUUUGUCCAUUAAAAAUGUUUAUUUUAUAACUCUUCUACUUGUGAAAUCAUGCUGACCCUUGCCUGUCUGGCUAACCACACAGGCAUCCCUGACUCCAGCCCUUCAUGGGCUUGGGUCUAUCAAGAGUUACUACUGGCCCUGGCUCUUCAGCCUCGAGACUCACCGGCCCUCUCCCUAGGGAGCAAGUGCCUUCCACUUACUUCCCAUCCAGGUCUCGGAGGUUGCCUACCUUGAAUCUUUAUUUAACCAGUCAAGUUAACCAAAGUAUUCUCUUUUAGACUUAAGUUUAGCCUUUUAAGAAAAAUUACUAAAUGAUAACAAUACUUAAGGACUUACUGUGUGACUUCCCCUGGCUAAGGACCUUUUUUUUUUUUUUGGUUCUGGUCACCAAAUGAUUUAUUCACUGUCAAAUACUUGUUCAUAUGAUCACAGACUGAAGAUAUGUCCAAAUUGUAGGUUCUUCCCAAGGUCUAACCCUAACACAUCCCACCUCCUACUUGAAAUACUAGGCAUUUUAGAAGCACCUACCUCCCACCUUGGUCCAAACUUGGUGAAGAUGACUCAUGUGUCACUCUAAACUGUUCUGUGUGUAAAGCUGUUCUAUAAGCGGCAGGCAGCCUGGUGGGGUGAGAGGCAGGGGCAGUGGAGAGAAUUAAGGUCUUAUGGAACGUAUGAGGUUGAGUUUCUUCCUGCUAAUUUCUACAUUUCAAAAUUGUAACAGCUUCUGGCUGGUUCUGGGUCCAGAUUAGGAAUGGGCCUGAUAAAGGAAAAGUUUAGUGGGUCCUUUCUUUGUUCAAAAUCAUGUUCCCAUUUCAUCAUAAAUGGCAUUAACUUUUCCUUUUAGAUGCUGACUCACUUAAAAGUACUCUUCCAAAUGCUAGAUUCUCUGUGUCCUAAGGCAGUUUUAACCUGGUAUCCAUUAUACAUUAUUUUCUUUGAGAAAUUCUGAUUGCAUGCCUCUUUCCUAAACUGGAAUAUCCUCUGUUUUGGCUCUGUUUUCAUACCAGCACCAGGUAAGGGAACUUCUUCCAAAGAGCUUUAUACUGCUUGACCAAAGAACACAUCUGAAGAUCACCAUUUUAAAGUCCUUGUUUUUAUCUUUUGACCAAAGUUUAAAUGAAGAGAACUUUUGGCGGCUUUAUUGUACCCAAGAUGAACUUGUUUAAUAAUGAUCACAUAUUAUAGGGGAAGGUUUGGAAACAGAAGGACAUGGGUAUGAAAGUAGGUUUUGUACACCACUUUUAAAAUUAUUUUUAUUGGUAAAGAUAACCAAAUUCUCCUGGGCAUCUUACCAGCUGCAGGUAUGUGGAGUGGGAAGUGUCAGGAGUGUUGUUGGUGGAGUUCUGUUUUCAUGCCCUGGGUCUGUUCUCUUUGGUCCCUCUUGCCAUCUGAGAUCUUUAAGCCCUUGAGAUAUUCUAAGGUUUUAUAUCACAUUUUAAAUAGAAAAGGGUAAAUAAAAGAGGCAAGAAAGGACUAUUUUUAGCAUGUACCAGUUAAGUUAAAAAAGAGACAGGUCACCAGAUGUGGUUGUACACGCCUCUCUUCCCAGCACUCAGGAGGCAGAGGCAGGCAGAUCUGUGAGUUAAAAGCCAGCCUGGUCUACAUAGUGAGUUCCAGGCCGGCUGGGGCUACAGGGAGACCCUGUCUCAAAAAGACCAAAAAAAAAAAAAAAGGAGAUUAGGCAACUAAGUCCUUUAAAGCUCAAACACAUUGCUCACUCUUCAUUUUGUGGAAUCCCGUAGAAUACCUAGUAGCUUUUGCACUGCAGUUAGUAUUUAGUGAUUAGGUGUAGGGCUUGCAAAAGUCACAAACUUUAAGCUGUGAAUGUACCUGCUAGUCUUUUUUUAAAUUUUGGCUUACAUGAAGUCACUCCAAAUUCAAAUGUCAAUAUAGGCAUUUAAAUUUUUGUAUGUAUCACUUUGUUGUUGCAAAGUCAUUCAGGGUAAAUGUAAUUAAGUUACAAGUUUAUUUUGAAGAGACAAAAUUCCUGUGAUCUAUCCAGGACCUCUACUUUAGAGGACAAAAUGGUUUAUACACAUUAUAUGUGACUGGUUUUUCAUGAACCUGUAAUAGAAAUUUCCGAUCCAGUCAUACCAUAGAUAACACUAUCCAAGUUCUUGGAGAAAUACAAGUGUAUAUAAGUCUAGUAUUUGAGAAUAAGUAGACAUCUGGGCCAAACAAAUACUGUUUAGUACAUAGCCUGAAGAGGUUCAAACAGGUCUAAGUCAGCCAUCAUUACCAAAGCUGAUGGUCUGAGUCAAGUCUGCAGAGGUACCUACGUUCAUCUCACCACUUGCCCUCUCCCAUCUUCCAUUUCGCAUUGCCCUUACUUAUUCAGUCUUUAAGACCUGUUUCAGAGAGCACAGAAACCUAGGAGACAUGAAAAUCAUACACAGAAUGUGGCUCGAGGGGUAGUGGCAGUGUCUCCUCCUCUUCAGAAGCUUUAACCUAGCAGGACAAGGACUUAGGGAGCACUUUCUACAACUUUUUGCUUAAAAAAAAAAAAAAAAAAGAUUCUAGUCUACUCUUUUAAAGAGUCUUCAAGCCUUUGUUCACUAUUUUAAACUCUUCUGAUCUAGAGAGGGUUUCAAAACAAGCUUCUUCCUUGAGUUGUCAUAGAAAACAGACAUCCUACACAAACGCUACUGGCCUCAUGCUCGCCCCCUGCCCCUUUCAAAGGCUGAGGAAUUGAGCAUCCUCCCAGUGAUUUGUCCCUGUAAUUCUACGCUUGGCCUUGUAUCUUUUGCCUCUUGAUAGAAUUCCAUCUCCAGAGAAAACUGGCAUAUGGUGGUGCUGGGGUUUGGGGAUCUGUAGAGCAGACAGCAUGUUCCUUGAACAAUCUCUCUCUCUCUCUCUCUCUCUCUCUCUCUCUCUCUCUCUCUCUCUCUCCCUCCCUCCCUCUCCCUCUCUCCCUCUCUCCCUCUCUCCUUGCCUACCUACCUACCUACCGUGUUUCAGGGAGAGGCAGAGAACUUUAUUUCUUCCUUUUUUAAAUUUUAAAUUUUUUAAAAAUUUUAAAUGGCAUGAUGCAUCUAGAAUACCCGGCAUAAUAUACUUUCCUUACUAUCUAUGAGUAGAAACCAGAAGGAUGACUUAGAUUUUCUGACCUCUUGAACAAAGAAAGAUGAUAUCUACUAGCACCUCCCUGUUUUUCCAAAUCACUGAAGAAUGAGAAUCUGCCUAAUUGUAGCAUUCUGUCAAAAAUCACCUAAAGAUAACUACAGCUGUUGUCCUGUGUAAACAAUUAUGUGCCAGGUGUGGUGGUGCAUACGCCCAAUCCCAACAACUCAGGAGGCUGAGGCAGGAGGGUCUUCUAGAAUUCUAUUAUAGAACGAGACCCUUUCUCACCUAAAAUAAAUAAUAGGGGCUUAGAUGGCUAUGACCUGAUUCCCAGGUGCCCUUUCUCGCCUAAUGUAAGUCACAUGGGUUUUCAUGUCUGCUUCAAACAUGGAGUUAGAAAAAGGGAAAGUGCUGAUUUUUCUUUUUACCUAUACUCAAGGAAUGCCUAGUGUUUCUUACAGGUAAUAUCAUCUUAGCCUGAGGCUGUGAAGGAGGUGGUUAUGAAAGUCAAGGAUUCUUCUAGGCUGCUUAGCUCAGAAUCUAUAGGUCUUAGGGUUAGUUUUUUUUUUUUUCCAGUCCCAGAACCUAUAGAUAGAUACACUGCAACCUGCUUAACACAGAAGCUUGGUGCCCAGCAGGCAUCUUAAUCCAUUAAACCAGCUAAUCAAAAUACCUUCCAUGUGGAGAAAAAAAGCCUGUCCCUUCCUCUCCUCUGCCUUAUCCACAUGAAAUGUAUGCUUGGGCUUCUAGCCAAUUGCCAUGUGUCCAACCUAGUGGCUGGUUUCCUCCAUUAUCAGAGAAAUGCUAAGAUCACCAGUGAUCCCUUGCCCUGUAUACAAAAUGCCAUAUUGCUCCUUUUAUAGUUUCCAAUGACUUUUGUUUCCCAAGCAGCUUUUUGCUGUGGAUUGAAGUUUUUCUGGGGAGGAAACAUAAGGAACUUGCAUAAGCCAAUCAUGAAAAUGAUCAUUCUAGUCGCUGAUGAGUCUGGAGGUUUCACAUUCACAAUUUACCCUUAGGAGCAGCUAGGUGGGGAAAGCUGUGAACAAGAUUGUGUUUACUCUGCAGGACUCAUGAUAAUGGCCUUAAGAUGUUAUUCUUUCUGGUAUGAUGAAUUAUAAACUGACCCUAAAGAAUGCGAUGGCUUUUACUCUGCAGUUACUGUGUUGUUAAUGAAGCAAUACCUGAAGCUCCAUCGUUUGGGAGCAGUUGUGGGGAGACUGAAUGAAAGGUACACACAAGCACAAUACUUAAUGUGCUUUCAAAGUGUGUGAUCUUUCUGUGUGCAGGAAGACUUGCACUGAUUCAAAGUUCAGCACAAUUUCCAGGUUUCUUAUGUAAAACCUGGUUGUUUGGCAUAGGCCUUCCAAGAGAGUGGGGGAUAUACCACCCAAAAGAGAGGACUUGUAGUUUAUCUUCCCCUUUAACAUUGUCACCUCUGGACUGUUUAGCCACUGGUUGAAGUUAUUGAAAGCCUCUUUAUUGGUUCUUCAAAGGACAUGGGAAAGUCAGCCUGCGUGCCCACAGUCUUGAUGACCCCUCUGUGUAUAAAGGCAGCUAUCAAGGGGAAGGGGGAGAGAUGGGAGAGCAGUGCUUUUGGGUGAGCUGAGCAUUAGGGUGGUCCUGUGGGUUCAUGUUUUUCCACUGACCAAGUUACUGUAAAUUGGAAUCUACAAGGUAUACUGUAAUGCUAAUCCUGUCCAUUGUUGUAAUGUUCUUAUCACUUGGGAAAGAGAGAAGUGUAAAUAAAAAUUUUUUAAUUUUGGUAA